AUGGGUUUGCAGAACUGGGUGCAUGAAACCAAUCUCGCGGUGGCUCGCAGCCCCGUGGGGAGAUGGUUCCGGUUGGAGAACUCGGGCCAUCCCAAGGAACGCAAGGGUAGUUUCUUCUUCACCGAGCUCCGCGCCGGUCUCGCCACCUUCUUCGCGAUGGCGUACAUCAUCAGUGUCAACGCGACCAUCACCUCCGAAUCGGGUGGUCCCUGCGUCUGUCCCGCGGACAGCAUGUCCGAUCUCUGCGCCACCAACACGGAGUACCUACUGUGCGUCGAGGAGGUCAACCGCGAUGUCGUUACCGCGACCGCUGCCAUUUCGGCCCUGUCGACCUUCUGCAUGGGACUUUUCGCCAAUCUUCCGGUCGCACUCGCCCCAGGCAUGGGUCUCAACAGCUAUUUCGCAUACACAGUGGUCGGAUAUCACGGAUCGGGUUUGAUUCCUUAUGGAAUCGCUUUGACGGCCGUCUUUGUGGAAGGUUUCGUCUUCUUGGCUCUGACGCUGUUGGGUAUCCGACAAUGGCUGGCCCGUGCGCUACCUGCCUCGAUCAAGCUGGCCACCGGCACGGGUAUCGGACUGUAUCUGACCUUGAUCGGCCUCACUUAUAGUGCGGGUAUCGGACUUGUGACGGGCGGCACCAGUGUGCCCAUCGAUCUGGCAGGAUGUACCGAGAGCCUAAAGGAUGCGACCACUGGUGCUUGUCCUUCCUCCGCCGUCAUGCGCAGCCCGACCAUGUGGAUCGGUAUCUUCUGCGGUGGUGUGCUCACCGUCGUGCUCAUGAUGUACCGAGUCAAGGGUGCUAUCAUCAUGGGUAUCCUCCUUGUCUCUAUCAUCUCGUGGCCCCGCCCCACCGAUGUCACCUAUUUCCCUCAUUCUUCGAUCGGAGACAGCCGUUUCGACUUCUUCAAGAAGGUGGUGACCUUCCAUCCCAUCACGCGCACGCUCGUCGCGCAGGAGUGGAACAUCAGUGGUCACGGCGCGAAGUUCGGGUUGGCUUUCAUCUCGUUCUUGUAUGUCGACAUUCUCGACACGACGGGAACGCUGUAUUCGAUGGCGCGCUAUGCAGGCACGAUUGAUCCGGUCACGCAGGACUUCGAGGGCAGCUCUAUUGCCUAUAUGGUGGAUGCCAUUUCGAUCUCGAUCGGGUCUCUAUUUGGAGUUCCGCCCGUGACGGCUUUUGUAGAGAGUGGAGCCGGUAUCUCAGAAGGAGGCAAGACGGGGCUGACAUCCUGCAUGACGGGCCUGUGCUUCUUCAUCUCGGUGUUCUUCUCGCCAAUCUUUGCCUCGAUCCCUCCCUGGGCGACUGGUUGCACGCUGGUCAUCGUCGGGGCGCUGAUGGCGCAGGCGGCGACGCAGAUCAACUGGAAGUACCACGGCGAUGCCAUUCCGGCAUUCUUGACGAUUGCCAUCAUGCCGUUCACGUAUAGUAUCGCGUACGGGUUGAUUGCCGGUAUCUGCAGCUACAUCACGAUCAACGGCAUCACGUGGGUGCUGGCGAAGGUGACGGGCGGGCGGUUGGUGCCGCCCAACCUGGACGAGAGUGAGCCAUGGACGUGGCGGAUUCCCGGCGGGCUGUUCCCUCCGUGGUUGAAGCGGGCGGCGCGAGGUAAGAAAGACUUUUGGCGUGACGAUUCGAUGGAUCGCCAGGCACCAUCUGCCACCCAAUGA